CUGAAACGUGCGGGUUCGGGGCCGGCCGUGGACUGUAAAACGGUGACGUAGGUGUACACAUUUUGCGCGCGCCAAUUAUCGACGAGGAUCGACGUUUCGUACAUGCGAUAACAGGAUCCGUCUGCGCGACGAAACGAACGUAACGAGCGGAUAAUGUCGCGAUUCCUAUUGGACGAAUGUUUUUUUACUCGCGCGGUGUCAUAGAUAAGAUUGAACAUAGCUGACAGUCCAGUUUGCAGUUGAAAACUAUGUAUCAAAAUCAGCCUCGUGAAUGAACGCGAGAUGGACGUUUGAAUCGAAAGCGUCAUGGCCCCGUUCCUAUUGAUCCUGCCGCUACUGGCAUCAUUGAUACACCCGAUCGACGGUGCAAUUGAACGAGGUGGAUCAAGGAAGGAAACCGACAUUGACCCCUACGUGAGACCCAAAUCCGUCAAGGAUGUUUUAGCACAAAGCAGCGGAAAUGCUCUACUGCCCUGCCGAUUCAACGGUUCCGGAAUAGUGACUUGGCUCAAACUCGGAAAAGACAAACAACUACUAACAGUGGGUCGAGUCACUUACUCUAUAGACAAUCGUUUUGUUGUCUUAAACGGUCCUGAUUGGAAUCUUUUAAUCAAGAACGUCAAACAGGAAGAUGCAGGCCUUUAUGAGUGUCAGAUACAAACGGUACCAGAGCAGCAACAAUUCGUACGGCUAAACAUCACAGAGGCGUAUUCUGUGAUACCAGGUGGUCCGGACCUCCAUGUAAAACAAGGCUCUAGUCUACGUUUGGAAUGCCAGCUUAUGGCAGCCGCGGAAUCGCCCAGCUACGUAUUCUGGUACCGCGAAACACGUAUGAUAAACUAUGAUAAUGAACCUGGGGUUAGAUUCGAGAUGAGGAGGAACGGCUCGGUACUCAUCGUGGAGAAGGUGAAACUUUCCCAUGGCGCUAAUUACACAUGUUCGCCGAAUAAUGCCAGACCAGCUCACAUCAUGUUACACGUCAUCGAAGAGGAAGAAAAACCGGCGGCGAUGCACGGGGAUGAUCAACGAAAUUUUACAGCGACUACGUGGAGCAACACCAUAUUGAUUCUUAUGGCUCUCUUCACUAUUCCAGAUGUAAGACGGUGCUUUCAAAGCUUCAUCUGUCAUGCCACGUGAUUAGCAUAAACCGCACUAUUUUCGCGAAAUACCGCAGUAUUCGCUAACCGCAUGCAAACAAGCUCGCGCGAAACAAGCUCGAACACCUCGAGGUUCUUUUCGGCAGCUCAAAAUGCCUCGUUACAUUAGCGUAUCAAAAAUUAUCCUGACAUACAUGUCUUGCUUCUCACGCGCUAAAGUUAUUUCAUUCUGACGAUGAAAUUCAAACGUCGCGCCGGGGAUGCGACAGGUUCCGCGCGAGAUCAAAGAAAAAUCUAUUUGCAAGUAAACUUAAAGCGAGAGAUUCAACUGCAGACAGGUUUUCCGAGAGUCCCCGUAUCCCCGGUGAUGAAAUUCAAGAAGGAAGACUACGAACUUUCACGUAACCAUGUAACUUUCGUUUAAAGAAACGUCUUAUCCAAGUGACACUACUUGAUAGAAACUCCGCUUGAACUCGUAACGAGUGAAUAAUAUCCGCGGAAUGAGAUUUGGUCGUCUUUCGACGUGGAUGAAUUUACUCGCGAGCCAAGUUGCGAGAACCAGAGUCCUCUCUAUAUGUUGUUGAAUAUUAUAUAAAUUCUUGAAAAUCAUUUUUUUUUUUUCAUGAAAACUUGUCGUUUAUAUUUAGAUCAAAGUGUGUGUAAAAAUUUAAUU